UUUUAGCUUCUCAAAAUGCCUCUUGGACUCAAAGGUGCCUGAGGGUAGCGGACGUGUGCUCCCCCACUACAGAAUUCUGAACACAGUGCCAGUAAACACUGAGCAGAAGAGCUUUGCAGAAUUCUAUGUUUUAACGUAACUUUUUAAUCCAGUGAGUCAAUGUACCUGGGAUAUUUUUUUACAUACUUAUCUCACUCUUAUAAGGCUGAACCGUUGCUGCUUCCCCUAAGUCUCCUUGUCCCUCUCCCCACUCUCCCACCAGCCUGUGGAAAAGGAAAGGGAUGGAGGGGGAGAGUCACGCAGGGAGAGGACAGCGCACCUGCUGGGAAGCGGUAAAGCGGGGUCUGGACACCUUGAGGGGGGUUUUGGAGGACGGGCAGAGGUUGGGUCAGUGGCAGGAGAUACCAUUUACCCCUGAUCUCUGGGACAAGUGCACACAUAGGUCUGACAGUUACUUGUGAUUCCCUUCAAACUGCUUGCCAGGUUGGAAUGACGGAUGAUGACAUCAGAGGCUUCCGACCUUCCUGAUUGGAAGGACCAGACUCCGUGGUGCUCGGCAACAGUAGUAGACAAUAGCAUCUCGCCAGAGCUUCUCUCCACUGCCAGUUGCCCCGCAGCUUGGAGAAGGAACGACCACUCGUGUUUAGCCCAAGUCCAGAACAAGAGUUGGGACAAAGCAGAGUCUAGGCUUUGAGGAAGCCAAGAGUUUGGGAGACAUCAUGGACAAUCGUCCACCGAGUUCCCAGGCUGAGGACGAGACCUGCCAGCCCAGCUCCUCAGGGUACCCCCUGGAGGUGACUGUCUAUGAAGAAAUCCCAGGACCGUCAGGUGAAGGAGCUGGCACGAGAAGGAAUUGCAGAGGCUUGACCGCCCCCUGGGCCGGUUGCACCUCCCCGCCUCAGCGCCCCGGCGGAAAGAGGAAGAGGUCAGUGGCGUUCAGAGCGGAGGUGGAGGGCGACCCGGCCGCUGAGGCCCAGGACACCUGGGUCGUGGAGUGGCUGAUUGGGCUCAAGAUGAAGCUGAAGCGACAGCGGGUGUCUUCAGUGCUGCCUGAGCACCACGAGGUCUUCAACAGGAUGCUCGAGGAUCCCGUCGUUAAGAAAUUCCUUGCCUGGGACAAAAGGCUGGAAGUAUCUGACAAGUAUCUCCUGUCGAUGGUGAUAGCUUAUUUUAGCCGGGCCGGGCUCUUCUCCUGGCAAUUCCAGAGAAUCCAUUUCUUCAUAGCUCUCUAUGUGGCCAGCGACAUGGAAGAGGACAACCAGGCCCCCAAACAGGCCAUCUUUUCGUUCCUCUAUGGAAAGAACCGCUCCCAGCGUCCCUUGUUCCACAAACUGCGUUCCCAGUUCAUCCGUUCCAUGGGCUGGAAGACGAGGGUCACUCGGGAAGAGUGCGAGCAGGUGGGUGGGCUGUGGCGGUCUCGGGGAGGGGUGGGGCCGGAGAGGAGCGGGGGAUCACGGGGAACUCGGUUUGGGACUUGGGGAUGGACGAGAAAGAACCGGAGGCCGGGCAACGGGAGGCAGCGGCAUCCUCAUUGCCAGGGGCUGUUUUUCUUUCCAGAUCCAGGCUUUUGAUCCAGAGCUCUGGGUGUGGGGAAGAGAUCGCUCCCUCUUGCCCCAGGGGCCCCAGGAGCACGCAGGCCUCAAGUCAUCGGCCUGCGCAAAGGUAGGUCUGCGUGCGUGCGCAAAGGUGAGGGCGGAAUGACGUGUUGUCUACUGAGGAAAUCGGAGGGAUCCCACUGCUGGACCCACAUCACCUCACACGCUGUGAAGGGGGCCAGCCGGGCACACAGCCACACGCCGACUCAGCGCCCAGCCACGGACUGACAGCCACACACAGACACCAGCACCGCGGGGCCCGUGGGCGCCAGACCUCGGGGAAACCAGUUUGUCCCAGACGCAUGGGUCUCACUGAAGUCAUUUCACCCAAAGCAACUGGGUCCAAAUGACAGCUUUGACGAGAUGGUGAUUUUCUUCCAUAUACUGUGUUUCCAGUUUCUCUUUUUCAUUCAUUUUUGGCCUUACAUCCCUCAGGGAUAUGGGUUCCAGCAUUUACCUACAACAAAGUAAAUGUCUACACACAGGAUAUUACAUACAACAGCCCACACGUUCAAUAAGAGAAGAUGAAUUAGGACUGGCUUUAUUUUCAUCCACAUUUACUUUCAAAUUGCUUGUGGCCAGAUGACCUGGGACUCUUUAUUUCCCCUG